GCCAACGUUCUCCUUUCUGAGCAGGGUGAUGUGAAGCUUGCUGACUUCGGUGUGGCUGGCCAACUUACUUCAACAACAAAUAAAAGAGUCACGUUUGUAGGUACUCCAUUCUGGAUGGCGCCUGAAGUCAUCAAGUUCUCUGCUUACGACUUCAAGGCCGACAUAUGGUCUACCGGAAUAACUGCCAUUGAAAUGGCCAAGGGUGAGCCGCCUAAUUCAAACUUGCAUCCAAUGCGGGCCCUACUCUAUAUCCCGCACAACCCGUCACCCCAAUUGGCCGGCGAAUUUUCUCGACCAUUCAAAGACUUUGUCGACUGCUGUUUGGCCAAGGACCCUCAAAACGUGAGUCUUCUUCAUCAUUAUCAUCUUUAUUGA